GAUUCUGUCUCCGGUUCUUCCUUACCUCGAGGUCAACACUUUCUUAUCACAGGGUGUCUUGAUAGGCGUGUUUGGUGACCUCGUUUGUCUCAAUUCGAUGGGUCCUUCCUGGUGGCUUAGCAAAGUCUUUAAAAACUGGGUCUGUGGGCUGCAAGGAUCAUUUUUCGUUGCACGCAGGCAACAGAGAAGACAGAUCAUCGGAGAGACUGGCUCGUCAUCAUCUUACUGUCAUCUAAGUGGUCCACGGAGGAUGCUUUGUGUUUUCAUUCGGACUUUGGUGUCCAGCGAGGUCGGCCCAAAGGCCAAAGGGAAACUGUGGUGUUUCAGCUACGUCAUCGGGCAUCAAUCGCUUUGUAAACACCUUAGAAGCAAAUGUGCAAUAGAUGGUGCUUGCUGUAUAUCCCGCAAACUUCAUGGGGACAUAAAGGUAUCUUGCCUACCUUGAAUCAUCAGCAGCAUACUCAUAGACUCUACAUUGCAUUGUGACUGCUUCGAUGUAGAGCUUCUUGGUCUCGAAGAAUGUUCUCGGACUGUAUAUGAUGUUAAAAGUCACCGGAUCAAGGAGAUAUCUACUUGCAGGCUGCAACACAGCCCAACCAUAUGCAACGAGUGCAGUUAGCAUCCUCUCCCUUCCAGCUGUGAAGCUCAAAUGCUAGGGUAACCCAGUAUGAACUCUUG